AUGGCAUUUGACCUAAAAAAUACAUCUAUAAUUAAUAUCUUCACGAAAUCCUCCGCAGAAGUAUCAUCGUCAACAGGUGGGAGGUCCGCUGAAGAGGGGGGUCACAUUGGUUCAACCGAGUACUCUAUGAUCAAAGGUGUUAAUUUACUACAUCUGGCAAGAAAUAUAUUACCACCGGUACCUAGAUAUAAUCCCAGGGCUAACCACGUUCAACUUCUUCAAGAAGGCAAUGUAUUUACCGGUAGACUGGUGGAUACACCAUCAAAUCUCAUUGUUGCUCUUCUAAGCACCAGCCGCAUCGGCAGUAACGAUGAGUUCUUCUUCUUCUUCCUCUUCUCAGCCCACGUUUUUCGACGAAGAAUGGGUACACAUCGUACCAUUUCCUUCGAUAAUACAAGCGCCGGCGGUCCUUCCACCUGGAAACUGGAGCGUAAAUUGAACGAAAAGGUCACCCAGUGGGACGAGUACUACACGCGCACAGGAAUGACUUCCGAGGCUUGGGGAACCUACUUCUGCACGAACACAGCGAGCGGGACGGACGGAAUUAUGAAGAUCUGGAUGCAGUCAGUUUUUCACUAUACUGGAUGGACCAUUUCUUGUGGCAUGCAUACGUAUUUCCAUCAAAUGGUUCCUUUCUUUCUUGGGAAUAUCCAGCUGAUUACAAAAAUUGUAAUUGCUAGGAUCGCAUAUGAAGGCAGUGAAUUCAGUUCUCGUGCACGAAGAGAAGCGCAAGCUACGACCAAUCUCGGAGAUUAUUCCCGGCUCGAGCUCGAGGCCCUUCAGAAACUGACAGAGAAAGAAUGCCCCUCCGCUUCAACCUUGUUGAACCACAAACAAGAGAGACAGAGUCAGGAGACGUUGGUACCAGGAGGCCAUAUCCUCUACAUCUUGAUGAAGUAUCUGCCCGGGGACCCUCUUCACGACAUCUACUGGCGCUUGCCGAAAGAAGAGCGCCAAGAUAUUUGA